UGGUGGAGGACGUUGGAGGUGGAUUUGGUGGAAGAGGAGGAGGUCGAGGUGGAUUUGGUGGAAGAGGAGGAGGAGGAGGAGGAGGAGGUCGAGGUGGAUUUGGUGGAAGAGGAGGAGGUCGUGGAGGAGGAGGAAGAGGUGGAAUGAGAGGAGGCGCCAGGGUAAUGAUUGAACCCCAUCGUCACGAAGGCAUAUUCAUAGCUCGAGGGAAAGAGGACGUGUUAGUAACCAAAAACAUGGUCGUAGGGGAAAGUGUGUAUGGAGAGAAGAGAGUUAGUGUUGAGGAUGGUGGUGAGAAGGUGGAAUAUCGUGUGUGGAACCCCUUCCGUUCAAAACUUGCUGCUGCAGUUGUUGGAGGAGUUGGAAAUAUAUAUAUGCCUACGGGUAGUAAAGUUCUCUAUUUGGGAGCAGCCAGUGGAACUACAGUUUCUCAUGUCUCUGACGUUAUUGGACCAGAAGGAGUUGUGUAUGCUGUAGAGUUUUCACUACGAUCAGGACGAGACUUGGUUAAUAUGGCCAAAAAACGUACCAAUGUGGUACCAAUUGUGGAGGAUGCUAGACAUCCCCACAAAUAUAGAAUGAUUGUAGGAAUGGUGGACACCAUAUUUGCUGAUGUCGCGCAGCCAGAUCAGGCUCGUAUUGUUGCCAUCAAUGCUCAACAUUUCCUAAAGGUCGGUGGACAUUAUGUUAUCUCGAUCAAAGCGAACUGCAUUGACUCCACAGCUAGUGCCGAGGCAGUGUUUGCUGGCGAGAUCAAGAAAUUGCAACAAGACCAACUGAAGCCACAAGAACAGAUCACUCUGGAACCUUAUGAACGUGAUCACGCUGUAGUUGUUGGUGUUUACAGACCACCAAAGAAAAACAAAUAGUUAUGUUAUGUUGAUAGAUUUAAUUAUAGGACUUAUGUAUAUUAAAACCCUUUUUUAUGCUUUUUUUUUAUUUUAAACCUUUUGGUUUCCAUAUUUGUUAAUGUUUAAAACGUGAUAUCAGAGAUGUAUUUUACCACAUACAUAAUAAGUAACAUUUAUUAGUUUGAAAUCUAUUUAGAUUUUACCAGUAUGUUGGUAAGCUACUUUGAACAGGGACCCAAUAUUAAGAAUGACUUCUUUUUUAAUAAAUGUGGUUUGAUUAUCCAACUAAUUUUG